CCAAAACGUUCUUCCCGCUAUUUCAUACAUCUCUUUCUCCCCCUUUCUAGUAUCAACCCUAUCGACCAAACCCUCCAUAGAUCGAUCCAACAAAAUCAAAGAAUAAGCAAGCCAAGUCCGUGCGAGAUCGAAAUGGAAGACGAUCAGCGGAGACAAAGGAGAAAAACUAGAGGAAUGCAGUCUGAGGAGCGCGCUGAAGCACUCCGCAAGCUCAAAAUCCGCAGACAAGGCGGCGGCGCCGACAUUGGCGAAGAACGUUACAAGAUAAAGAUCGAUGAGCCGAUCUACGAUACCGUCGAUGACGAUGAGUACGAGAACCUCGUGGCCCAACGACGUGAAGAUUUUAAAGGGUUUAUCGUGGACGACGACGGCCUUGGUUACGGGGACGAAGGCGAAGAAGUUGAUUGGACUAAAUCCGGCGUAAUUCCGUCAUCAGAAGAGGAAUCGGAAGGUGAAUUGGAGAAAAAGAAACCGAAGAAGAAAACGGAAAAGAAGGAACAUAAGAAGCCCUCUUUUGAAGCCGCAGCUGCUUUAAUGGGUAAGCAAAGGAUAUCUAACUUGUUUACUUCUGCCGUUUUCAAUAAGAGUAAGCCUUCAGUGGCGUCUUCCGAUAGUGUUCUUGAUGAUGUGCUUGCUGAAUUUGCGCCGGAUGAGAAUGAUAAAGAGAAAAGGAGACGAGGAAACAAAAGAUCAUCCCAGAAUGGCACAGUUUUAGCACCAGCUGCUUUGAUUACCUCGAUUAAGACUGAAAAUACACCUGCAAGUGUGGUGGCUGUGAAUACUCUAUCGUCAAAUAGUUUGUAUAAACACGACGUAAUAGAAGAAGGGAAGGAAGUGCUAGAAUUUCCUAAAAAUGAAACAGAUUUGGGUGUUGUGGAGGAGCCACCGGUGGUGACAAGUGAAGUUGAAGCAUCUAAGGAUACUAGCGAACUGAAAGUUGAGCCAGUGAUGAAGGAGGCCGAUGGUUGGACUUUAAAUGCUAAAAUUAAAGUGGAAAAGGAUCCAACUUUCAGUGCAACAGCAGGAUUGCAGACCAACAUAAGCUCUGAUUUGAAUGCUGAGAUCGGUCCUGGUGUAUAUUUUGAUGAAAAACCACCAUUUGUGGUGGAACUUGAUGGAUCUCUUCCUUUCUACAUGCUCGAUGCAUAUGAGGAGUUUUCCGGUUCUAAUGCUGGCAAUAUCUAUCUAUUUGGGAAGGUGAAAGCAGGAAGUACUUAUCACAGCUGUUGUGUGGUCGUGAAGAAUAUGCAAAGAUGCAUGUAUGCUAUCCCAAAUGGUCCUGUUUUUGAAGACUCUGUCAUUAUGAAUCUUGAGAGAGAUGUUGAAGAGUCAAAGAUAUCACCUACAGCUUUUCACACCAAGCUUCAUGAGAUGGCAUCUGGAUUGAAGGCCAACAUAAAGAAACAAUUGCUUGAUCGAAAUGUUUCAAACUUUAGCAUGAAACCUGUCAAGAGGAAUUAUGCAUUUGAAAGAUCCGACAUAGAGCGCAAAGAGAAUUAUGUACUCAAAAUCAGCUAUCCAUUCAAGGAUCCACCACUUCCUUCAGAUCUUAAAGGAGAAACCUUCCGUGCUUUGCUUGGAACACAUAGCAGUGCUUUGGAGCUUUUUCUUAUCAAAAGAAAGAUAAAGGGACCUUCAUGGCUAUCACUUUCAAGAUUUACCACCUCUUCCACUGCUCAACGUGUAAGCUGGUGUAAGUUUGAGGUUACAGUGGAUUCUCCUAAGGACAUUAAAAUUGCAACCUCUUCAAAAAACACAGGAGAGAUUCCUCCUGUAGUUGUUACUGCAAUCAAUCUGAAAACUGUAAUAAACCAAAAACAAAACAUAAACGAAAUUGCAUCUGCAUCUGUCAUCUGCUGUCAUAAGGCCAAGAUUGAUACACCAAUGUUGGCUUCAGAAUGGACAAGACCUGGAAUGUUAAGUCAUUUUACAGUUGUACGUAAGCUUGAAGAUGGAUUAUUUCCAAUGGGAUUUAACAAAGAAGCAGCAGAUAAAAACAUAAAAGCUGGAUCAAACAUCAUUAGCAUGGAAAGCAGUGAAAGAGCUUUAUUAAAUCGGUUAAUGAUUGAAUUACACAAAUUAGAUAGUGAUAUUCUUGUUGGCCACAACAUAUCUGGAUUUGACCUUGAUGUUCUUCUCAACAGAGUCAAGGCUUGCAAAGUUCCUAAUAGCAUGUGGUCAAAAAUAGGAAGACUUAAGAGGUCUGAGAUGCCUAGACUUAAUAAAGGAAAUACAGUUUUUGGGUCAGGGGCAAGUCCGGGAAUUAUGUCUUGCAUUGCUGGCAGGCUUUUAUGUGAUACCUUUUUGUGUUCUCGUGAUCUUUUAAAGGAGGUUAGUUAUUCAUUGACAGAACUUGCAAAGACUCAGUUGAGUAAGAAUCGAAAAGAGAUUGCUCCACAUGAUAUUCCUGGAAUGUUUCAAAGUUCUCAAUCCUUAAUGGAACUUAUUGAAAUUGGGGAGACAGAUGCAUGGUUGUCAAUGGAACUCAUGUUUCAUUUGAGUGUUCUUCCUCUCACACGACAACUGACUAAUAUUAGUGGUAAUUUAUGGGGAAAAACUCUUCAGGGUGCUAGAGCUCAAAGAGUGGAAUAUCUAUUGUUGCAUGCAUUUCAUGCUAAAAAAUUUAUGGUACCUGAUAAGUUUUAUACUCCAAAAGAAAACAAAACAGUAAAACGUAAAUCAGAUGGCCCAGAAGACAAAGUAAACAAUGAUUUGGGUGAAAAUGACGAAAUCGCCCCUCCAGGAAAUGAGCCUGUAAAAUCCAAAAAAGCAGCUUCAUAUGCAGGUGGACUAGUGUUGGAACCCAAAAAAGGUUUAUAUGAUAAAUACAUUUUGCUUCUGGAUUUCAACAGUCUCUACCCCUCCAUUAUCCAGGAGUACAAUAUCUGCUUUACAACAGUAGAGAGAUCUGAAGAUGGUUUAGUUCCUCGAUUACCAUCUGCAACAGCAACUGGAGUUUUACCCGAGUUACUCAAAAAUCUGGUUGAAAGAAGGAAACAUGUAAAAAGAUUAUUAAAGACAGCAUCAGGCCUCAAGUAUCAACAAUUUGAUAUACAACAACAAGCAUUGAAACUAACAGCCAACAGUAUGUAUGGAUGCCUUGGUUUUUCCAGUUCAAGAUUCUAUGCAAAGCCACUUGCAGAACUUAUAACACUACAAGGGAGAGAGAUUUUACAAAGCACUGUUGAUCUUGUUCGCAACAAUCUAAACUUUGAUGUGAUUUAUGGUGACACUGAUUCAAUCAUGAUAUACACUGGACUUGAUGAUAUCAAUAAAGCCAAAUCAAUCGCAGGAAAUAUCAUCAAAGAGGUGAACAAGAGAUACAAGAGAUUAGAAAUUGAUCUUGAUGGUGUAUACAAGAGAAUGCUGUUGCUUAAAAAGAAGAAAUAUGCAGCUGUGAAAGAGCAAAUAAGAGAUGGGAAAAUUUAUAAAGUUAUAGAGAGGAAAGGUCUGGAUAUGGUCAGACGUGACUGGAGUUUGUUGUCAAAGGAGACUGGAGAUUUCUGUCUUGAACAAAUAUUAUCUGAGCUGUCAUGUGAAGAAGUUGUUGAAGCAAUACACAACAAACUCAGAAAAGUACAAGAGGAUAUGAGGAAGGGAGAAAUAGGUUUGGAGAAAUAUAUCAUUACAAAAACGUUGACUAGACCUCCUGAAGCCUACCCAGAUGCCAAAAGUCAACCUCAUGUUGAAGUAGCACUCAGGCUGAAGAAACUAGGGUACACCAGUGGUUGCUCUGCUGGAGAUACAGUUCCUUACAUAAUUUGCUGUGAGAAGGGGAAUGGUUUGAGUACAUCAGUAGGGAUUGCUCAACGUGCAAGACAUCCAGAUGAACUCACAAAGGAUAAUGAGAAUUUGAUGAUUGACAUCGACUAUUAUCUAGCACAACAGAUUCAUCCAGUAGUAUCGCGUCUAUGUGCAUCAAUCGAGGGUACAAGCCCAGCUACUUUAGCUGAUUGUUUAGGGCUUGAUCCUUCCAAGUUUCAAAGCAAAUCAAGUGAAGUUGCAAACAAUGAUCAUUCUGGCUCUGUUAUUUGCAUGACAGAUGAUGAAGAGAGAUACAGGGGUUGUGAGGCUUUAAAUUUGUCAUGUCCUGAUUGCUGUGUUAGUUUUAAGUGUCCAUCUGUACUGAGUUACAUACAAACAGUAGCCCUUGAAAAGCCACAAGACUUGCAAGAUCAAUCAACCAACACCACCACUACCUUUUGGCAGAAAUUCUGUUGCCCUAAAUGUCAAGUGGAAUUCCCUCCAGCAUCAUUAUCCAAUCAGGUAAAAAGACGAGCUGAAUUGUUCAUAUCCACAUACUACAAAGGAUUUAUGACGUGUGAUGAUGAAACAUGCGACUACACAACACGGAGUUUAAACUUGCGUGUUGUUGGUGAGUCAGAAAGAGGAACAGUAUGCCCAAAUUACCCUCGCUGUAAUGGUCGUCUUGUGAGACAGUAUUCGGAGGCUGAUGUGUACAAACAACUCUCUUACUUCUGUUAUCUCCUGGAUGCAGAUCGCUGCAUUGACAAGGUUGAUGCUAAGUUGAGGGCUGCAGUUGAGAAAGAGGUUGGUAGGAUAAGAGGUUUGGUUGGAUUAGCUUUUUCCACGGCACAGAAGGUUAGGGACAGGUGUGAUUAUGGUUGGGUCAAACUUAGUGAUCUUUUCGCCUCAAUUUAGUAAAAUAAUGGAUUAUAGUUGAUUAAAUUCAAAUCCCGUUUAAAAAGAAAUACAAAUUGGCUUUCAAAUCAUGGUGAAGAAGUUAAGCUAACAGAGUUGUGUGGCUUUGUGAUGAAAGAUGGAUGAGGAUGUUAACAAGUAUUUGUAUUGGUAAGUCAAUGAUGUAUGUAUGUAUGUGUGCUACUUAGUUAUUUUAUGCAAAAAGAGUUGUUAUUUAGAGUAGACAUGAUCAAUUUUGUAUUUAGUGGUGUUUACUCUAGCUUGUAUUUUACUUUACAAAGGAAGAUUUAAUGUGCUAGUAAGUUCUAUUGUUUUA